AUGCUUGCACGCGACCGUGGGACUGAUUUUCCGCCCUCGUCAACAGCAGCAUCGUUUCAGUUGCCUAUGCCGCCUUGGAGACCUGGCCGCAGCGGGCGUACCUCGUCAGAUGUGGAUAUCACACCAAACACGCCAGAGCACAUUCAAGUCCCUCUCCUCCAUUUUAAGCAAAAUGCCUUCAACUUUAUCAAGCAAAAUCUCGGGAGUCCAUCCAAAGAGACGGGGGAGUCCGUCAUGGCAACAAUCAGUUGCUUGAUGCUCAUAGAGGCUGCUUCUUGGGAGACGAACCCGGAUGCCCUAUCGGCGGUGGUCAUGCACCUUAACGGCCUUGUCACCGCGGCAAAUCACUAUUGUGGUUCGCUGGUCACCGCAGAGCUAACCCUACUGCAAAAGUUCCUGGGAAUGGCCAUCGGUUGUGUCACAAGAGACGACGUGCAGGAGCAGCUGCUGUCGACGGUCAGCAAUAUCAGCCAACGCACUUUACGCUGCGUGCUGUUCAUUGGCCUGUCGCCCAAGCCAGCAGACGCAUGGUGGUAUACGGACGACCAGAAGUCCGCCAAUCCAGCUUGCGAACCCGCCAGCGCCUUGAGAGAGACUCGCGGGCAACAGCAAGAUCCGGGAUUUGCAAGUGCCCGUAUGAUCGCGUACAUGUACCUCAGCUUGGUGCUCCGGCCUGGCCGCAUGAGCAACGAAAUCGUCUUGUGCCUCAUCGACUCCUUGGGUAUAGACCUCGAGGGACUUGUGCAACGCGGGAUAACCGACUUUGCCGAGCAAGCAUUCUCCUUCUGGAACGUGAUGCUCUCUAGCGCUGCCAUGGCUAGCCUAACACCAUCGUCCGGGCGUGGCCCCGAGAGGUUGGGACGGAAGCAGAGACUGGUUGAGCGGAACAUUCGCGAUCUCAGCGCGAUGCUGCACCUGCAAACAUGGCCAGAAGCCGUCAACGUGCUCAAGAAAGUUGCGUAUGUCGGGUUCGAGGGCGAGCAAGAGCUCAAAAGCAUAUGGGAAAGGGCAGUGUCGAAUGAAAACCAAUAUGCCUAG